AGAUAUGGCCACACGGGGACCCUGUACGCAUCUUGCUGCUGUGGCGGCGGCAGCGGCAGCGACCCCAAGCCAGAGCCAAUCGAAGGCCACGAUGACGGACCCCCGGUUCCGGAUCAGGCCCUUGCAGCAAGUGGCGUCCGCUUGCAGCGGCGCCAUGGUGACCGCCUGCUUCAUGACCCCCUUGGAUGUUAUCAAGACCCGUCUGCAGGCCCAGCAACAGGCUGUGCUUUCAAAGAAGUGUUUCCUCUACUGCAACGGCCUCAUGGACCAUAUUUGCCCCUGCGGCCCGGACACGCCCAGUCCCCCAGCCUCUAAGCCGCCUCCCCGCUUUUCUGGCACCAUUGAUGCAUUCAUCAAGAUUAGCCGCACCGAGGGCAUCGGCUCGUUGUGGUCGGGCCUUAGCCCCACGCUCAUCUCAGCCCUACCCUCGACGAUCAUAUACUUCGUUGCUUACGAGCAGUUUAAGGCCCGCUUCACAGACAUCCACUACAAGUACCUGGAUCGCUGGAACGUAAGACCAACAAUAACGGACCAUGGCCGUGACAUUCCACUACCGAUACCAAUGCUGGUGCCCCUGCUGGCAGGUGUAACGGCCCGCAUUCUGGCAGUCACCUGUGUCAGUCCCGUAGAACUCAUUCGCACCAAGAUGCAGUCGCAGCGGAUGACCCACGCCGAGAUGUUCGGCACCAUACGCCAGGUGGUGCAGUCGCAGGGUGUGCUGGGCCUGUGGCGCGGCCUGCCGCCGACGAUACUACGCGACGUGCCCUUUUCGGGCAUAUACUGGACCUGCUACGAGUACCUCAAGAGCACCUUUAAUGUGGUGGAGCCUACGUUUGGUUUCAGCUUUGCGGCUGGAGCCAUAUCGGGAUCGGUGGCCGCCACUAUAACCACGCCGUUUGAUGUGGUGAAAACGCACGAGCAGAUCGAGUUCGGCGAGAAGUUCAUAUUCUCAGGUAGGCCCCAGAUCGUUGCCGCGAGUUCCCACACAAACAUUGACAAUGGUUCGGUUUGCAUUACGGCAGAUAAUCCACCUAAGCAGGUGGCCACUAAGUCGGUGGCAGCGCGCCUGGCCAGCAUUUACCGUCUGGGCGGAGUUCCCGCUAUUUUCUCUGGACUUGGACCGCGUCUCUUCAAGGUAGCGCCCGCGUGUGCUAUCAUGAUUUCGUCCUUCGAGUAUGGCAAGUCCUUCUUCUACCAUUACAACAUUGAUCUGCACAAGCGGCAGGGUCUGGUGGAGCCUCCGGAUCGUCAGUGAGUCGCUAUAAAUUCGACUAGAGGCCACCUAACCCAAGGGUUCCCCCUUCGUUAAUCAAUGUAAAUAUGUAAAUUAAAGGGCUGAGUCGCCUGGAAAUCGGCGUUGUCUGCUAGCGGGUCCAGUCCGCUCAGUUGGUGGGUCGUCGUACUCGCAAUUGGUAAAUUGUUAAGUGAAAUAAAAUUUUUGUUUUUCAACCGACAAGCUGGCCACGGCCAAGCCCAUUUCCAUGCCCAAACCAAAGAUUCCGAUUCCCUAGCGAUACUGGCAGGUCUAGAUUUAUUAACCAAAGUGCCGCGGCACCAAGAGACAACUGACUUCAUCAUUAUCUCUUGUUGGCUAAACUUACCACGAUAUUUUUUUUAAUUUAUAAAUUUGUUGGCUCCCGUAGUCUUAGGAGGUAAUCGCAAUUGCGCACAUUAACCAACUUUAUUGGUUACACAAAUGGGCUUCUUUGUUGUUCAUCAUGUUAAAAACGAAAUACAUAGUUC